AUGUGGCAGUACUGGUUCACGCUGGCCUUCAUCAACAAGAUUGGAUGGCUCGCAAUACAAUUGAUGGGCUUCUUCUUCAUGACAGUGUUCAUGUUCGCUUUGGCCACCCCUUACCACCAAUGGACCUUGCCAGACAAUCGAAUCGGGUUCAUGAUCAUGUACUCAUUCACCUUCUUCUUCGCAAACUUCGGCCCUAAUGCCACCACAUUUUUGGUGCCCACUGAGAUCUUCCCAGUGCAGCUCAGGUUGACGUGUCUUGGCAUAUAUGCCGCAGCUGGCAAGGCUGGGUCCUUGGUGGAUGCAUUCGGUUUUGUGCAUGCAGUGGACGGGAUCGGUGUCAAGAAGACUUUGAUAACACUCGGCGUGACCAAUUUCUUUGGGAUAGUCUUCAUCUUCUUGGUGCCAGAGUUGAAGGGCCAUUCACCCGAGGAAAUCUCUGGAGAACAUGAGGAAGAUAAUGCAGCUGAGUUGAGGACUGUCCCCGUUUAG